CGUCUAGUCAUCCGCAAACAGGCGUGAACCGAUGUGGAAGGAAUGUUCGUCUGAACAUUUUAUCUAAGGCAAAUAAUAAUAACAACAACUAUAAUAACACCUUGAAAAAUAUUGCUCAACGGCUGAAUUGAGCCGCUCCAUUCACGCGACCCUAUUUUUAGGGCACCCGCGCCGCGUCUACUAUCAGCAAUUGCAAAAUAGUGACUGCGCUCGCGUGAGAGACCGCUUUCAAAUCUGCAGAGAAAAAAGGGACGGGAGAGCUCCAGACAAACGGAAACUGUGGCCAGACUCCAAAGGAAGUCAAUUGAUUUCGCCCUUCUUGAUGAGAUAGAUUUACAAGCUUUGCCCAGCGUGUCUGUCAGACCGUCUGUCAAGGCAAUCAACAGUUGGUGCGAGCGCGCGAUUAAAGGGACUUUGCAUGCACGAGACGCUUCAGCGAUGGGUGUGUGAUUUCAGCACCUCAGCCCUAUGGACACCCGCUUGCGUGUGACUGAAUUGUUCAGUAAUAUGGAAGACAGACUGUUGCACAUCGUGAUGCAUUGGAUGCUUUUGCGUGUUUAGUACAUUACAGCCGACAAGAGACACAAGAAUGAGCAGUCUAUUCACGGCUCCCGGUGCGUUUGCUUUUACUCAUUUGGUGUAAAAAGACUACAGACUGAGAGAUCACACACAGUCUAUCAUCAGUGGAUUUAAGGGCGCAUUGUUGUUGUUUCCCCCCCCCCCCCUUGACCUUGCCUUUUGACGCGCAAAAGCAGCAUGUUAAUGAUGGAGAGCAGCGGGAUAGACGCGCAUCAGGUUGAACUGGACGCCGACUAUGAGCCGCACUGCCGACCGAGGUCGUGCACCUGGCCGCUGCCGUGUCCGGAGGAGGAGAGCCGUGCGCUGACUGUGAAAGUGGAGCCGCGCAAUGUGCCGGCGUGCCGGAGCGGUGGGGCGCCGACGGAGUUCAAGCAUCCAGCCGGCGCCCCUGCCCCUAUCGCGGCCGCCCCAGCAUGCAUGUCCGGCGCCGCGCUGGAUGUGGCCGGCCAGCUGCGCAAAUCCAAGUCGUCGAGACGGAACGCGUGGGGCAACCAGUCCUACGCGGAUCUGAUCACGCGUGCCAUUGAGAGCACUCCAGAGAAAAGGCUCACCCUAUCGCAAAUCUAUGACUGGAUGGUGCGAUUUGUGCCCUAUUUCAAGGAUAAAGGAGACAGCAAUAGCUCAGCCGGCUGGAAGAACUCCAUUAGACACAACCUCUCCCUGCAUACCCGAUUCAUCCGUGUUCAAAAUGAGGGAACAGGAAAAAGUUCCUGGUGGAUGCUUAACCCCGAAGGUGGAAAAAUGGGCAAAGGGCCCCGCAGACGAGCUGUAUCCAUGGACAAUGGCACUAAGUACCUAAAGAGUCGAGGCAGAGUCAGCCGGAAGAGAACAGCAGCUGUGGGAAUGGGUAGAGAGCUUGGAGGACCUGGAAUACAGGGAUCGCCUGAACAUGGAAGCCCCGCAGGGAAAGGAGUAAUGGGCAUUGGAAGUGAAGAGUUUGAUGCCUGGACAGACCUCCACUCCAGAACAAGUUCUUCUGCAUCAACGUUAAGUGGAUGCUUGUCUCCUAUUCUGGCUGAGACAGAACCCGAUGAACCAGAGGAAGGAGGACUUUCAUGUUCAGCCUCCCCACGACUCUACCCUAGCCCCACCAGCACAAGAUCUCCAGCACUGGGAACAGGUGGACAUUGUCCCUCUGUUGAGCUUCCACAUCUAGCUGAUCUUACUGGAGCAAUCAGCUUGGAAGAGGGCUACUCCCAGCCUCUACCACUUAAGCGCAAUGGAUAUCACUAUGGCCCUGCACCUAAAGCAGAGACCUCCUACUGUGGUACAGUCUAUGGCCAACCAUCCAUGGGCAUGCUUAGGCAUCAUCAUACGCCUAUGCAGACUAUUCAGGAAAAUAAGCCUACCAGCUUCCAGCGUGCCCUUAGGGCAUACUCAGAGAACAAUGCUCUUGAAAGUUUGCUUGCUGGAGGGCCACAAUACUGUAGUAAGGACAUGGUUGUGGGGCAAGGAGGAACAUCUCAUUCACUUAUGUCACAAUCCAACACUGCUGUGCAUUCUCACGGCCACAAUCAGAGCCACAAUCACAGCCAGAAUCACAAUCAUAACCCAGAGCAUGGCCACAAUCGCAAUUCCAGUCAAAGCCUUCACAAUGGUCAUGGAGUAACUCAUGAGCAAAACCCAAGCCAUCAUCAUACUCCCAAUCAAGCUCAUAAUAAGCAUCACCCAAGUCUUGACUACAAUCACCAUAAACAACAUAGUGGCCAUGACUAUGUAUCUCAUGACCACAAACUCAGUGCUAGUCCCAAUCACAUGCACAAUCACCUUCAACACAACAAUUCCAGACAACCAGAUCUUUCUCCCAGGGUGAGCAAUGACAUGUUGCAACCCUACAACCACAAAUCAUCUAGCCUUUAUGGCCCACGUGCUCAUCUUCCUUCUACUUCUCUCCCUCCUAACCCUGCCAGUGUCUUGGAUGUACCCCAAGACCCAUGUCGCCUGGCUUCAGCUCCCCAUCCUCGCCAUCAAUCCUACCCAGGUUCCCAACUCCACCAGGGCAUGACAGAACCCUGGCAGGGGUAUUACCACCACACAUCACAGAAUGCUAAUUACCAUGGAAACCACCAAGCUAACCAUCACCAGGAUCCUCAAAACCGGUUGCAAUCUGAGCUGGAAAUGGAUGUGCACCAGAACAGUUUGGAUUGUGAUGUGGAAUCCAUCCUCCUGAAUGACUUUAUGGACUCAACAGAGGGAAUGGACUUUAACUUUGACGGGUCAUUAUCACAGGGUGUUGGCAUGGGAAUGGGUUUGGGGAUGGGAAUGGGGGUUUUUGCAGGACCUCAGCAAUCACACAAUAGCCAGAGUUGGGUGCCUGGGUAAACUGCGAGGACAUUGAGGGCCUUCAAAUAGGCAAACAUUCAACCAUACAGCCUUCUGAAGGGCAGCAGGUCAAGUUGGGAAUUAUAAUGAACAAACUGACCAAUAUUCCCUUUCACUGAUGUCAGAUUCUGGACUCAUAAUUAUUCCCUGAACCCCCCUCCACCCCACCCCACCCCA